UGUUCCGCACGAUUUGAAAAUAAUCCGCGUGUCAGUGUCAUCUUUCUUAUGCAAAGUAGCUGUCUUUGAAGGCGGAUCUCUUGGCAGGUUAGACCGGGACGGAGGCUCCGACCAGCUCAGACGAGCACUGCCACCAAACCAUCCGCUGCCUGCAGACGGGAGGAGCGUAAUCCAGCCUCUCUCAGGCACAUUUACUGCGACUACUGAGGAUAUUUAUUCCGCUUAUUUCUUUUGAGAGAUUGACUGUUUCGGAGCCGCGCAAAAAAGCGCCGGAGGGGAAUAUAUUUUUUUCGUUAUUGUUCUUAUUAUUUUGUUGCCGUUCUUCUCAAGUUGUCGCGCCGGGAGUUGAAAUCGCAGGGACAGAUACUCCCUCAAAAAGUGACAUGAGACGUGAAAGCGGACCGGAGAGUGUUUUUGUGCGUCGGAUGUUAACAGAUGUGGACAUAUAGCAGCUUUCAUCCACUUACUGAGGACAGAUAUUUACGCGCAAGGAGACUGAAGUCGCUCCUGAAAGCAUGGACCUGAGUUCACUGCUCCAGAGACUGAACGCUGUCGGACCUCCGCGGGAUUUAUGUCUUUAUUAUUAAAGUCUGUAUCUCUCGUUUGAGAAAUCGAUGGUCCUCCACAAGAUAGUUGAGUAAGUUCUUUUUUUUCCCCCCCUACAUUGAUCCUGAUCAUCAACUCAAGCCUGGGUUGAUCACAGACUUUUUAAUGAACUUGUGGGAUUUUUUUUUUCUUUAAAUUAAGAGGGGAGAAUGUGUCCAGCAGUGAAACUGAGCCUCUUCUACUUGCUGCUGGUGCUGUGGAGCUGCAGGGGCUCAGCCAUAAGCUCGAUAGACCCUGACUGGUCAGGAGAGGGGAGAUGUCAGCACAUCAGCAUCCCCCUGUGUAAAGACAUUGGCUACAACAUGACCCGCAUGCCCAAUCUAAUGGGCCACGACGACCAAAAAGAGGCAGCGAUCAAGCUGCAGGAGUUCGCCACGCUGAUACAGUUUGGAUGCCACAGUCACCUCAAAUUUUUCCUCUGCUCCCUGUAUGCGCCCAUGUGCACGGAGCAGGUGUCGAACCCCAUCCCGGCGUGCAGGGUCAUGUGCGAGCAGGUCAAGGUGAAAUGCUCCCCUAUCCUGGAGCAGUUCAACUUCCCCUGGCCGGAUUCUCUGGACUGCUCCCGCCUGCCCACCAAAAACGACCCCAACAACCUCUGCAUGGAGGCGCCCAAUAACGGCUCCGACGAGCCGCCCAAAGUCUCCCACACUCAGCCUCCGGACUUCAGACCCCAGCGGCCUCUGGGCGGGCAGGACCUGCACCUCAAGGACAGCGGCAGCAGGCAGACGUGCAGCAACCCCGGCAAGUUCCACUUUGUGGAGAAGAGUGAGUCCUGUGCCCCCAAAUGCUACCCCAAAGUGGAUGUAUACUGGAGUCAGGGGGACAAGCAGUUCUCUCUGGUGUGGAUGGCCAUCUGGUCCAUCCUCUGCUUUGUCUCCAGCGCCUUCACCGUGCUCACUUUUCUCAUCGACCCGCAGCGAUUCAAAUACCCAGAGAGACCCAUCAUCUUCCUCUCCAUGUCCUACUGUGUUUACUCUGUGGGCUACCUCAUUCGGCUUUUUGUGGGAGCUGACAAAAUAGCCUGUGACAGAGACAAUGGGGUCCAGUAUAUCAUCCAGGAGGGUCUGGAGAGCACCGGCUGCACUAUUGUGUUCCUCAUCCUGUAUUAUUUUGGCAUGGCCAGCUCCCUCUGGUGGGUUAUCCUGACCCUCACAUGGUUCCUGGCUGCUGGGAAGAAGUGGGGUCACGAAGCCAUUGAGGCUAACAGCAGCUACUUCCACCUGGCAGCGUGGGCCAUCCCGGCCGUGAAAACCAUCAUGAUCCUGGUGAUGAGGAAGGUGGCGGGCGACGAGCUGACGGGGGUCUGCUACGUGGGCAGCAUGGACGUCAAGGCUCUCACGGGCUUCGUGCUCAUCCCCCUCUCCUGCUAUCUGAUUAUUGGCACCUCUUUCCUGCUGUCUGGCUUUGUAGCGCUGUUCCACAUCCGCAAGAUUAUGAAGACGGAGGGGGAGAACACAGACAAGCUGGAGAAGCUGAUGGUCCGCAUCGGGGUGUUCUCCGUCCUCUACACCGUCCCGGCUACCUGCGUCAUCGCCUGCUAUUUCUACGAGCGGCUCAACAUGGACUACUGGCGCAUCCUGGCAGGGGAGCAGAAGUGCGUGGACGGCAGCGGGCCGGGGUCGGACGAGUGCGUCAUGAAAGCGUCCAUACCCGCCGUUGAGAUCUUCAUGGUGAAGAUCUUUAUGCUGCUGGUGGUGGGCAUCACCAGCGGCAUGUGGAUCUGGACCUCAAAGACGCUGCAGUCGUGGCAGAAUGUCUUCAGCAGGAAGCUGAAGAAGAGGACGAGGAGGAAGGCUGCCAGUGUGUUCACCAGCAGCAGGCCUUACAUCAAACCACAUCCAUCUCUCAAAGGGCACAGCACCAAGUACGAGCCAACACGACCUCCUCCAACAUGUGUGUAGACCGGCUCCCCUUGAGUGAACCCAAAAAAUACUUUAAAAGCCCUAAACAAGACUGAUAAUAUUCAGAGCGUCAUCAAAAGAAACAAGGUUCAUGUUUUAUUUAUGCAUUGCCAAUAAUACAGCAUAGGUUUUUUUUUUUUUUUUUCUCGUAUCUUGAGCCAUGUCACACAACAAGAGCUGCCUUUGUCUGAGAGAAAAAUCUGGUACUCCUGGAUUCACUUAUUCUAUUCAGGAACUUGGUAGAAGAAAGAAAAAAAAAAUCGCAUUGUUCCCAAAACAAAAAGAGUGGAAUAAACCAUUUGAAUGUGCCAUGGGGUUACUUGAAUUAUGUGCAAUAGAUGUUUUUCUUCACAGGCAAAAAGACACUUGUACUGUUAGUGACAGAUUACAGACAAUGACAGAACCCCAUAAACAAUGGAGGCAAAUGGCCAGAGAGAUGAGUGCUGUGUUUGGAGGCUUUUUUCAUGGAAAUGGAGGCAGUGUCAUAUAUGUUUGAACUGGACUGAGAGCAGCUGUUGAAAGGCACUGAAGACCUUACAAACUGCCCUUUGUGAGGCAAAUCCAUGCCAUAAAUUAAUCAAGCACUCAAUAUUGAAAAGUUAUUUGUAAACAGUUUGUGUCUCUUUCUUUGCUGUUUUGUAGCACAAGGGAACAUUUGUAUAUAUUUCUUUAAAAAAAAAAAAGAAAAAAAGUUGAGAUUUUAUAGAAAAAAAAAU